GAGGGAGGCGGCGGCUUGUGAUCCGUGAGGCAAAGGAGAGAAGCUGCUGAACAGGAAGCGCUGCCACCGAACCGAGAGCCGCUCGGUGUCUGCACUGAAGCGAAAGGGCAAAGUCUGGUUUUCCGAAAGGAGGUGGUUUUGCUCAGCGAGGGGCGGUAACAGAAGACUGACUUCUCUGCGCUUCCCCCAUUACUACUAUUCAUUAUUAUUUUUACACCCUAUCGGGAACCCUGCGCACUAGCCGUGCGGCCCGGCGCGGCCCUCCUAUCGUAUAGGUGGUGGCUUUGAGAGUCCUGGAGGGCAGCUAAGGAGGAUGUCGGGCGGCGGUGGAGGUAGCCGGGAAGAGGAACGGCGCAAGCUGGCCGACAUCAUCAACCACUGGAACGCGAACCGGCUGGACCUGUUUGAGAUCAGCCCCCCCACCGAGGACCUGGAAUUCCAUGGAGUUAUGAGAUUUUAUUUUCAAGACAAAGCAGCUGGAAAUUUUGCAACAAAGUGUAUCCGUGUGUCUAGCACUGCCACGACUCAGGAUGUGAUAGAAACACUUGCGGAGAAAUUCCGGCCAGAUAUGCGAAUGCUAUCAUCCCCUAAAUACUCACUUUAUGAAGUUCACGUCAGUGGAGAAGAAAGAAGAUUGGAUAUAGAUGAGAAGCCUCUAGUUGUACAACUAAAUUGGAACAAAGAUGAUCGAGAGGGAAGAUUUGUACUCAAGAAUGAAAAUGAUGCACUUCCUGCAAAGAAGGCUCAAAGCAAUGGCCCUGAAAAACAAGAGAAGGAGGGAGUGAUCCAGAACUUCAAACGGACACUAUCAAAGAAAGAAAAGAAGGAAAAAAAGAGGCGAGAAAAAGAAGCAUUGCGGCAAGCUUUAGACAGUGAUGGAACAUUUCACGGCGAUGAUAUUGAGAAUUCUCGUCUUGCAGCAGAGGUCUACAAAGAUAUGCCAGAGACCAGUUUCACUCGAACAAUAUCUAAUCCUGAGGUGGUAAUGAAACGACGGAGACAGCAAAAAUUAGAGAAGAGAAUGCAAGAGUUCCGGAGCUCAGAUGGCAGGCCAGACUCAGGUGGUACACUGAGGAUUUAUGCAGAUAGUCUGAAACCAAAUAUACCUUACAAGACAAUCCUGCUAUCUACUACAGAUACUGCAGAUUUUGCAGUUAUUGAAGCACUGGAAAAGUAUGGUCUGGAAAAGGAAAAUCCUAAGGAUUACUGUAUUGCUCGUGUCAUGCUUCCUCCUGGUGCUCAGCAUUCUGACGAUAAAGGUGCUAAAGAAUCUAUUCUUGAUGAUGAUGAGUGCCCCCUUCAGAUAUUCAGGGAAUGGCCAAGUGACAAAGGGAUCCUGGUCUUUCAGUUAAAAAGGCGGCCUCCUGAUUACAUCCCAAAGAAGUUGAAGAAACAGCUUGAUGGAAAGCCAUCGAAGGGGAAGGAAAGAGUUGACGGGUCCGCUUAUGGUUCUUCCCUUCCUCCAGAAAAACUACCUUAUCUCGUUGAACUAAGUCCAGAUGGUUCUGACUCCAGAGAUAAACCAAAGCUUUAUCGUUUGCAGUUAAGUGUAACAGAAGUUGGUACAGAAAAAUUUGAUGAGAACUCCAUUCAGUUGUUUGGUCCAGGAAUUCAGCCUCAUCACUGUGACCUUACUAAUAUGGAUGGAGUUGUUACAGUUACUCCAACAAGCAUUGAUGCUGAAACAUAUGUUGAAGGUCAACGUAUAUCAGAGACCACUAUGCUGCAAAGUGGUAUGAAGGUUCAGUUUGGGACCUCUCAUGUAUUUAAAUUUGUGGAUCCUGUUCAAGAUCACAUUCCGAAAGGACGUCUAGAUGCAGGUCACAUGGUCAAAAGUUCAAGACACAAAGCUGGAACUAUUCAAGAAACUACAUUUGAUUUGGAGGGAGAUAUCCACAGUGGAACAGGAUUACCUGCAAGCAAGAGUACCAACAGAUUGGACAGUGAUAGAAUGUCAGCAUCCAGCACAGCUGAACGAGGCAUGGUAAAGCCAAUCAUCAGAAUAGAACAACAAGAUUACCGCAGGCAGGAUGGCAGACCUCAAGAUGCACAUGGACCUGAAUUGAUAUUGCCUGCAAGCAUUGAGUUCAGGGAAAGCUCUGAAGAUGCCUUUUUGUCUGCCAUUAUAAAUUACACCAAUAGUUCAACUGUUCAUUUUAAGUUGUCCCCGACUUACGUUUUGUACAUGACAUGUCGGUAUGUAUUAUCAAGCCAGUAUAGACCUGACAUCAGUCCUGCUGAACGUACUCACAAAGUCAUUGCAAUAGUAAACAAGAUGGUGAGCAUGAUGGAAGGAGUUAUACAGGAGGUAGACCAGGUUGAUCAGAAACAGAAGAAUAUUGCUGGGGCACUUGCUUUCUGGAUGGCAAAUGCAUCCGAGUUGCUAAAUUUCAUUAAGCAGGAUCGAGACCUUAGCAGAAUCACAUUAGAUGCACAAGAUGUUUUGGCACACCUUGUUCAGAUGGCGUUCAAAUAUCUGGUUCAUUGUCUUCAGUCAGAGCUUAAUAACUACAUGCCUGCAUUUCUUGAUGAUCCAGAAGAAAAUAAUCCUCAAAGACCCAAAAUAGAUGAUGUCUUGCAUACACUAACUGGAGCCAUGUCCCUGUUACGACGUUGUAGAGUGAAUGCUGCACUGACCAUACAGCUCUUCUCCCAGCUGUUUCAUUUUAUCAACAUGUGGCUUUUUAACAGAUUGGUUACUGAUCCAGAUUCAGGCUUGUGUUCACAUUACUGGGGAGCUAUCAUCCGCCAGCAGCUGGGGCAUAUUGAAGCCUGGGCAGAAAAACAGGGCUUGGAGCUGGCUGCUGAUUGUCACCUCAGUAGGAUAGUACAAGCAACUACAUUACUUACUAUGGAUAAAUAUUCACCUGAAGACAUUCCAAGUAUUAACAGUACCUGCUUUAAACUCAAUUCUCUGCAACUGCAUGCAUUGCUACAGAAUUAUCACUGUGCCCCAGAUGAACCAUUUAUUCCAACAGAGCUAAUAGAAAAUGUGGUAGCAGUUGCAGAAAAUACUGCUGAUGAGCUGGCUCGUAGUGAUGGUAGAGACGUACAGCUUGAAGAGGAUCCUGAUCUACAGCUCCCUUUUCUUCUACCAGAAGACGGUUACUCAUGUGAUGUUGUCAGAAACAUCCCGAAUGGAUUACAAGAAUUUUUAGAUCCACUCUGCCAAAGAGGUUUUUGUAGAUUGACACCUCACCCACGUUCCCCAGGUACUUGGACAAUAUAUUUCGAAGGAGCAGAUUAUGAAAGUCAUCUAUUACAAGAGAAUGUUGAUCUGGCUCAACCCUUGAGGAAGGAACCUGAGAUAAUCACUGUGACACUAAAGAAGCAAAAUGGAAUGGGUCUGAGCAUUGUGGCUGCUAAGGGUGCCGGUCAGGAUAAACUUGGAAUCUAUGUCAAGUCCGUAGUAAAAGGUGGUGCUGCAGAUGUGGAUGGUCGGCUGGCUGCAGGAGAUCAAUUGCUUAGUGUGGAUGGACGCAGUUUGGUUGGCCUUUCCCAAGAAAGGGCAGCAGAGCUGAUGACAAGGACAGGAUCAGUAGUGACACUAGAAGUGGCAAAACAAGGAGCAAUUUACCAUGGUCUAGCGACUCUGCUUAACCAGCCUUCUCCAAUGAUGCAAAGAGUUUCAGAUCGUCGUGGCUCAGGUAAACCCCGACCGAAGAGCGAAGGUUUUGAGCUGUAUAAUAACUCUGCUCAGAAUGGAUCUCCUGAGAGCCCUCAGCUGCCUUGGACAGAAUAUACAGAACCAAAGAAGUUGCCAGGGGAUGACAGGCUAAUGAAGAAUCGAGCUGAUCAUCGAUCUAGUCCCAAUGUAGCAAAUCAGCCUCCAAGUCCUGGGGCCAAGAAUUCUUACUCAGCUGGAACUACUAACAAAAUAACAUCUGUGUCUACUGGAAAUCUUUGUACAGAGGAGCAGAUGCUGCCACCCAGACCUGAAGCAUAUCCUAUCCCGACACAAACUUACACCAGAGAGUAUUUCACAUUCCCUGCCUCCAAGUCUCAGGAUCGAAUGGGUCCUGCCCAGAAUCAGUGGUCAAGUUAUGAAGAGAAGCCCCAAAUUCCAGCAGAAAGUAACCAUUAUAUUAAUUCUGCAAUGCAGCGUGUAACUCGUUCUCAGGAGGAACUACGGGAUGAUAAAGUUUAUCAGCCAGAAAGGAAUCGAUUAGAGGUUGUCAUACGAAAGGAUGUAGACUAUAUUGAUCAAAAAUCAGACAGUGAUCCAUGGAUGAACUCUUCUGUGGAUUCUAGCACAUCAAGCCAAGAGCAUCUAAACCAUUCCUCUAAACCCAUUCCUCCUGGUUCUUCUUUAACCAAAAGUGGACCUGGUCGUUGGAAAACUCCUAUUGUUCCUCAAUCAAUAUCACUGGCAGCUUCCCAGUCCACCAGAACAGACCUUCCUCCUCCUCCGCCUCCUCCACCCGUGCACUAUGCAGCUGACUUUGAUGGACUGCAAAUGGAUUUACCUCUUCCACCUCCACCUCCACCUCCAAGCCAGUUCGGGCCACAGUCGUCAUCUCAAGUUGCUGCUGCGGAGCGCAAAAAGAGAGAAGAACAUCAAAGGUGGUAUGAGAAAGAAAAGGCACGACUGGAGGAAGAACGAGACAGGAAACGUCGAGAACAGGAAAGAAAACUGGGACAAAUGCGUACUCAGCCACUAAUUCCUGCUCAGCCCCUACUUCCUCCUGUUUCAGUUCAGCAGGUGAAACCAGAAAAGCCUUCAACAUUGCAGAGACCACCAGAAACAGUCAUUAGAGAAUUGCAGCCCCAACAGCAGCCCCGAACCAUUGAGCGAAGAGACCUGCAGUAUAUCACCAUAAGCAAAGAAGAGCUGUCCUCUAGUGAUAGCCUGUCUCCUGACCCUUGGAAACGGGAUGCCAAGGAGAAACUGGAAAAGCAGCAGCAGAUGCACAUUGUGGAUAUGUUGAGCAAAGAAAUUCAAGAUCUUCAGAACAAGCCAGACAGAACAGCUGAAGAGAAUGAUCGUCUACGCAAGCUCAUGUUGGAGUGGCAAUUCCAGAAACGACUCCAAGAGUCAAAGCAAAAAGAUGAGGAUGAGGAUGAAGAAGAAGAUGAUGAUAUUGAUACAAUGCUGAUUAUGCAGCGACUGGAAGCUGAGAGAAGAGCAAGGCAGACUGCUAUGCCAGCAAUCUCUGUUCUAGAUUUGCUACAGGAUGAAGAGCGUAGACGGCAGCAGCAAUUGGAAGAGAUGCGUAAACGGGAAGCAGAAGACAGGGCUAGGCAAGAAGAAGAACGUCGGCGCCAAGAGGAGGAGCGGACAAAGAGAGAGGCUGAGCAAAAGAGGCGUCAGGAAGAAGAAUAUUACAAUCGUUUGGAAGCUGAAAGGCGCCGGCAACAUGAUGAAGCAGAACGGAGAUUGCUGGAACCUGAUGAGCCUGGUCUGUACAGACCUCCGCUUCCACGGGAAUAUGAAUUCCCACCCCCGCCCCCUUCAUCUAAUGCUCCUCCUCCCCCACCUCAGCGAAACACCUCUUACCUCAAAACACAGGUCCUCUCCCCUGAUACGAUUUAUACUGCCAAGUUUGUUUCAUACAGUGAUGAUGAUGAUGAGGAGGAGGAUUCCUGUCUAGCAGCAGGUCAGGAUAAGUACUCCGGUACAAGAAAGUCUUAUGGUGACCUUCCUCCUGCCACCCUUAAGUCACAGCAGCCCUCACGCCAGCCACGCCCAGCCUCAGAUGGCAUCUUUCUGUCCAACUCAUUCCAGCCAUCCUCGGUCAAUGCCAACAGUACUGCUCACAAAACCAGCCAGCCCCCUCCCCCACCAAACAAACCGAGUUUCAUCAGUCCCAGCAACUCAAAAGGCUCAAACUACACUGGAUCUACUGGAGCGAUUGCAGGUUCACAUGAACAUUAUCGGGACCUAAGAGAAAAAAAAUCAAAAAGUCAAGAUACAGAUUUACCUGGUGCACCAGAAAACUUGACUUUCCGAGAACGACAGAGACUCUUUUCGCAGGGCCAAGAUGUGUCCAAUAAAGUAAAGGCAUCUAGAAAAUUAAUGGAAUUGGAAAAUGAACUAAAUACAAAAUAGAAAAAAUGCACCUUAUCAAAAGUAAUUGGAAGGAUCUGUUUGGGACUAGGGAAGUGGCUGAUCAAAAAGAGAGGACUGUCUUCUGAGAUAUGAGAUAGAAUUCUCUAUCUGGACUGUUUGACUUUUAGAUAUGUUGCAAUAGCAGGAAAACCAAUUCUUUACCAAGAGCUUUUGGUUUAUACAAUUAAAGCACUGUAAAAUAUAUUUUAAUUAUAUGAAUCAAGUGUCAUUAAGUCCUUUCUCCACACCCUUUCCCUUGUUUUGCGGUUUAACUACUUCUGCAAUUGUCCUGGAUCACACUUAUUGAAGAAUUGUUGCUUCCUGGUCUCUUAAAGAAACCCUUUGUUAGCUGCUAAGUGGAAAGAGUGCUUAUAGCUUGAACUGCCUAAACUAAUCUCUGCACCAGUUUGUUGCACUGUAGGUUGUUUGAGUCAAAGUCUAAUUUGAUACAAACUGAAGACACACUGAGAAUUAUUUAUCAGAUUUCUAGAAUGUCACUGAAAGUGAGAGUUGGAGGUGGUGGAUUUCCUUGGGAAAGGCAGUUUAAAAAAAUGAAUUUUCUGAAACUAAAAUAGCUACAUUAGAGCAUUUAUCCACAAAGUCCUUUAGAUGUGAAAUACUUGACUUUUCUUGGUGGCAGUCCAGUAAUGUAACAAAACAUGCACUCUGGUUUAUCCAGCUGUUCUCUCUUCAUCUCUACACUGAACUGUAAACAUCUUGUGUUUUGGCAUUUUUAUGAGAACAGAAGAAGAAACUGGUAAAACAUGGACAGAUACAUGAGUAGGGUGUUGUGUGUGCUGACUACGACCAUAUUUUAAAACUAUUUAGAAAAUCCAGACAUAAGCAAUAGGGAAUAAGCUCCUUCUAGUAGCCUCUUGUAGCCAAGACCAAACCAAAGUUUAAUAUUCACAAACACAAUAGAAGAUAUCUGUUACCAAUAACUAGCAUAUUAAGCACUACUUGCAAGGGGAAUGUGGUUGCUAUGGCUGCAAUGAAAACUAAGUAUUGCCUGCCAAUAAGAAUUUCACAGAGGCCUGACGGUGCUAUGACAGCAUAUCACUAGUCCUUUGUGUUGAGAAGUACUGAUCAGGCUGCUUCUGGUUUACUGUUGUCCUCUGCAUACUGUAGAAAAUGUUGGCAGUUCAAGCUAUUUUUCACACUAUAUUGCAGCGUUAUUUAAUUUUUAAAUGGUUAAAAUCCUUUUCUCCCACUGUUCCUUCAGCUAUGCAUAUAUGGCUGUUGUUGAGAAUAAGGACCUCAUUAGAGUUUGUUUCUCAUUGUGUUGAUGUUUAAAACAAUAUAUUAUAUUGUGAUUCUAAGCAGAUUUUCUAUUUCAUGAAGCCCUAAAUUGGGUUUAGAUGAUUUUUUCUGUAAAAUAUGUUCUCUUAUAAAUAUAUAUUUAGGAAAUUAUGCACACUUCCAAAUGCAGAGGGUAGACUUUCACUGCCUUAGAAAUCACUUUUAAUAAGAGUUGUAUGAUAAAAAAUAAAUGCAAGUUAAUGAUAUUAAAAUUGGAGUGUAAAUAUUUUUUUUACAUAUUUCAGGUUUCUUAUUUGAAAGUGUGCUUUUACCGUUCACCUGUUAAAUAUGAAGUAGAAGAUUAAAUUGGUUAAAAGUGUUAAUGAAGGAUUUGCAUGCUUGCUAUGUCUGUUAAUCAGGAAAGGCAAGCCUUCCCCAAUUUAUCUUGAAAACACUAGAUACUCUGUGGCUGGAAUACUGUUGCUGCUAGGGCCUAAAGCAAAGAAAUAUAACUUACUGUGGAGAGGAUUUGACUGCUAUUGGGCAUUCGGGCCACAUGUGAAGAUGAGUAAAAGUGCUUUUCAUAAUGGUCUGUGCAUUAUUAUGGAAAAAACCAUCAAAACUGCUGUAGUUUCCCAUUUCUACUGUAUUUCACUUGCAACCUAUUUUUAAUAAACUUUGUAUUGUAUUUAA